AUGGCAUCAAAGCUAUCAAAGAGAACCGUUAUUAGUAAAUAUUCAAAACAUGGGUGUAUUCAAUGUAAAAAAUCUCAUAUUAAGUGUAAUGAAGAAAAACCUGCUUGCCAAAAUUGUAUUAGAAGUAAAAAAGAUUGUAAGUACUUAACACAAUUUAUUUCAAAAUCAAUUUCAGGUUCAAAUAGAGAUACUUUUAAAAUUAAAUUUAAAUCUCAAAUUUUAAAAGAAACUAAUAACAAUACUAAUCAUACAUCUAGUAGUAAUAAAAUUCACACAACAGAAAAUAUUUGUAACAAUAAAAAUAAUUCACCGCCCAACCAAACGAAAUUCCAAACUGAAGAGUUCCAACUAGUUAAUGACCAUAUAAUUAAUGAAAAACCAUAUACAACUACCACUACUACUACCAACACGGGAAACUAUAAUAAUACUGUGACCUUCAAGAUACCAACUCAACAUAAUACAAAACAUCACAAUAUUAAUAAUAAUCAUCAAAUACCUGCCAAAACAAACAAAUUUUCAAAAGAUGAUCCAUCCUAUAUAAUGGAGGAAAAGGAACUAAAAUUUUCUUCUGUGAAUAAUAUCCCUGAUUCCAAUAAUUGUAAUGUAAAAUCUCAAAACUUUCCAUUAUCUGAUAAUUUACAAAUGGAUUCGGAAGAUCAUGUAAACCAUACAAGAUAUUCUAAUGUAUCACAACCGACUAUAACAACAGUUCCUCUUGUAAAUUCAAAUGAACAACAAACAAACCUACCAACUUCUAUAUAUUCCAAUUCAAAACAAAUAUUCCAUUCAAAUAUACCAUUGUUUACUUUACCCAGCCAAGCCCCUAAUUCUUAUUCUAACAAAGGCUAUUCUGAAAGCUCCCCUCCAGAUUGUUCUAAAUUUUUUUCAUUAAACGAUCUGGAACUAGUUUUAAAAGAAAAAGAGAUAAAGAUUGAGGUGGAAACUUUCCAAUAUUUUAAAGUAUCUGAACUAAUUUUAGAGGAUCCUAAAGAGAUUUAUAAUAGAACAAAUUUCUUUGGCAAGUUAGAGCAUGAAAAAUUAUUUAAAGUCGACCCUCUAAUUAAAUGGUACAAUCAAUCAUUUUAUGCCUCAGAUACUCAUAUAGUAUCUUUUAGCUUAGAUGAUGAGGAAUUCAUUCAUUAUUGCCACAAGAUUCUAGAGAGUGUCAUUGGUAAAAAUUUUUUAAACUUAUGCACACCAUAUGUCGUUUACGAACUUACUAGAUUGGUGGAGCAAGUAGGGAGGGAUUUCCAAUGUUUAAGGCACACAAUUAUAUUUUUGGGUUCUUGUGUUAUGACAAAUUAUUAUAGUUCUCAAAACAAUAAAUUAUUUGCUAAUAUUUGGAAUCAAUUUUUACGUAUUCCAAGUUUAAAAAUUUGUUAUAAAAGUAUCAUGGACCAAUCUCAAUCAAUCAAUAGCUUUUUUGAUUGGCUGUUAUUAGGUGAAAGUAGUAUAAUAUUAUUCACUGCAAACUAUAGAUCUACAAAUCCUCAAUGGAGAUCACAUUUACGAGAGACUUUCAAAAUUUAUUAUUAUUGCGAAGAGUAUUUUACAAAUAAAUCUGCUUUUACAUUAUCAGAAGAAUAUCUAAUUUCUCCAUUUUUAACUGCAAGAAGUUAUUUAGAACAUUUUGAAAUCACUUCAUGGAUAUCAUCAGAUAUUGGUGGUUCAUUAACAAAUAUUUCUGAUUUGAAAAUAUUCUUGUCUAGGUCUACUUUUAACGAUUGCUUUUUAAUUAAAAACGAAUUUAAUUCAGUGACAGGUUAUAUGUUAAACAUUCAUUCUAUUCUAACCAAAACAGUUAUAUUUUUAAAGAUGUUAAGAGAUAUGGGUACAAAUCUCUCUGGAAGUAAUAUGCUAAAGUUUAAAUUAUUUGAACUGAAUGACUCUAAAAACAUGGUCUUACGGGACAUCUUAGAUCAAUUCGGAAAGGAAAUAUUACAAGAUAUUGAAGAUACUGUACAUCCUGACACAACAGAAGAAGUCUUAACAAAUAUUAAAUCAAAUAUUUUAUUUAAUGUAUUAAAAGAGAGCCAACGAACAUGUACGAUAACAAUAAAAUUGUACAUUACUGUAUUUUUUUUGAAAAAAAGCGAUAAAAAUAUUAUUGAACCAAUGCUUGAUUCUCUACUAUCAAAUUGGAAGCUAUUUAUAACUACUUUCAAACCAGGAAAUAUGAAUUUUUGGACAAUAUACAUAGCAGCAAUGGCCUCGUUAGCGACUAAAAAUUAUUAUUACUACGAUGAAUUUUUAAAUAUUAGUGGUAAAUUAAUGGGUGCUGGGAUUUCAAGUGCACCAACUUUGUUACAAAAGAUUAAAUAUAUGAAACAAAUCUCAACAGCUACUGGCUCACUUCUUCAAUUACAGAAGGAUAACGAGCUUAUUAAUAACUACCCCUUAGUAUAA